UGUGAUGAACUGCCCAUCUGUGUUUUGUGUUCUGUCACUUGACUAAAAAUUCCUCAGUUCUAAAAGCAUUUUGUUUUCAAGACGAUGGCAGAUACUGCUCAGAGCGCUGCUGAUCACCGAGGGUAUGUUGAAUUCUCCGAUAAUUGCUUCCGACUGUAUAUUCGCAUGCUUUUCCAUGUUACAGCUAGCACCGUUUCGUGGAGCUAAGGUAUUUUGUCAAGCUUCGGUCACGACAAUCAGUUUUCUAUAAACGGUGUAAAAUUUUCUUUCGUUAAACGAAUGAUAUAUGUUUUGCGUGGCUUAUAAAUCAUGGAAAUAAACGUGCAGAAAACUGGGUUUCUUGCAGCGAGUAACACACUGCCAAUAGAAUUCCAGAACAAAAGCACGUUGAAAGGUGCUUACGGAAAAAUCUCCUCUCUCAUUAUAAGACGUUGUAAAGAUAGGAGUACUAAGUUUCAGCUACAUUAAAUAAGAGUGAUACGACAUGGCAAUAAUUUUAAGACAUUAAUCAGAAAGUGCUUAUGGUGACACUAGUGGUUCAAUGGUUUAUAUUCAUGCAUUUAAAAGACGAUGCAAUAUAUGAUUGUAUUAUUGCAGAUGAAACCAUACUUUCAAGUGAUUUAAUAUUAAAUACAACAAAAUAGUUGAAAACAAUGCACCUCAAAAAACUAGGCAUUAGUUAAAGUUCUUGAAUAUUUUCCAACUCUUCUUUGUCAGCUUUUUUGUUUGUAUAUAAAAUGUAUCAAGAUUUUGAGAAAUCUUGUUCCUUUCUGAAAAAUGACUUCACACACAUGGUGUCAAUCACUAAUUAUGCAUGUUUUGCUAAUUUAGCUGUUGUAGUCAUGCAGAUCAAUGGCCAGAGCAAUCUUCUCAAUACGUCUCAUUAGUUCAGGUCUUUUAUGGUAUUUUGUUAAAGUAACAUACAAAAAUAUGUAAGAAAAUUAAUUGAAAAAUGAUCUGACUAGAAAACCCAGGCCUUAUAAGCCUUUUGGUUUCUCUCGCCAGUUUAUCAUUUUUGUGUUUAUUCUCAUUUUACUUUGGCAAAAUAACUGAAGUGAACUGAAAAGAUGUUCUAAAAAGUUUAACCAAAUACAGUCGACUCUCUGUUAACGGAAACCUCUACAAGACGGACACCUCUGUAAAACGGACACCUAGAGUUGGUCCCUGCCUUAGUUUAUUCCCUUUAUUUGACUCUUUAUAAGACGGACAUCUCUCUAAGAUGGACACUUAGUGCCGGUCCCAAAGGUGUCCGUCUUGGAGAGAGUUGACUGUAACAGGCAUAGGGCACAGCCAGUCAUGUUAUCUGGUGACUGACAUGACUAGUUCAAAAUAUAACUCAAUUUCAUAUUUUUUCAAUUUGCUUCUGAUUCUGUUUGGAUAUUACCCAUUCUUGGCUGGACAAAUGUUGAACCAGUAUAAGUGAUCACCAACUGAGGAAACAUUUAAUGCAUCUUGAGCAAACAAAAUGCACUGUCUUCCUUAGGAUCAUUUAUUAAUAAUACUUAAUGUGCUCAUUGUAAAAAAUGCUUCUAUGGCUGAAGCAUCCUUCUAUUGUGUAGACUGUAAACACACCCUCUGUAUUUUUAAUGUUGAGUCAUUGGCUGUGUCCGCAUUUAGCAAGCUAUCAGGGUUAUUUUUUGAAUAACCCGGUCAAAAACUCUACAAAGCAUUAGAGCAAAAGAGUUUAACUGAAUUAAGUUUUAUUAUUAGCAGCCAGACACAAUUUAGACUUUACCAAAGUCCUUUCAAAGUCACACAGUUUUGUUUUGCACUGUUUUGUUGCUUGCUUGGGGUGCUCAUAACACUGCUUGCCAUAGAGUUACUGACAAAAUUUUACCACACAAUACUGAUAAAGGAGGUCCACUGUGUACAAGUCUAGACUCAAUAAGUGUUGUGAAAGAGAAGUUGAACUGGACACAAAAGAAGUAAUUUUAGAAACUGUCUUGCUUUAGCCAGGGGCCCAAAGUUUAGAUUUGCACAAUUCUCGUGUGUAGGCAGAGAUGAUCGAUUGGUUACUAACGUCAACCUGCAUUCUUCAUAUCAUACAAUAGCUGAAUUGAUUAAACAAUAAUGAUACCAUCAACUGACAUGAUACAACUCCAGGCCUGUCAACCCCACAUGUCUUCAAAUAUUGAGAAUUAAUGGGGAGUGGGUGAUAGAUGAUGUCAUAAUGCAGGGCACAUGACAUCAUAUUUUGGAAAAAAAUGUUAAUUGUAACAUUUGACCUAAUUGGUUUACCUCCCACCAAUCACAUUAUUGCUUAUAUUACAAUGGCAUACCGGAGUUUGUGAGGAAACGUUCAAUGUUAACAGGAAAAUAGCUCAAACAAUGCAAAAUAUUUGAAAUUUUAUUGUCAGAGAGUCGAAUCUGCAAGAAAUGGCAAACUUUGGAGAUUAUCUGUGAGAUGUCAGACUCUAAUCUGGAGACAGGGAGAAACAGUUUAAAAUCUGGAGUUGACAGCCCUGCAACUCUCUUUGACUCUGAAGAUGACUACCACACAGGCUGUCAAAACGUCAGUCACUGUCAAGAGGCCCUGCCAAGGGGGGAUCCCAUGUUGCUCAUCUGUAUUUUAAAACGUCUCUUGUCAGUGUUUAUAGAUGCUUCAUGUCGCUGUGGGAAAUUGAUGGAUAGUGAUGUGUUGUAAAGAAACCAUUGCACAUUGAACACAUCUACAUCACCAAUCACAAUUAAGUGACCCAUGUUCAACAUUUUAAGAGUAACUGACCUGAUAAAUAAAUCGUGAAAGCAUGGUUAACGUUGGUCUACUCUGUGAGAGCGGUUUCCGAAGGUCAGUGGUUAGGUUACCUGGUCCCUGGUUUCUUCACCGUCGUGGCUGUCAUGUUGCUUAAACAAGAAACUUAAGUUCGGAUCACAUUGUCUCUCUUCGACCAAGUGUAUAGUGAGUACAAUGAUCAUAACGCUGGCUUGGGACUGAAAGCCUUGCGAUGUUCCAACAUCCUGUUCAUGGAGUUGUAGCAUAAAAUUAAGCUAUGUGAUGGACAACCUCAUUCUCAGGUCUCCCAGGAAUUGUGCGGGGUUUUGUAAAUGAAGUGUAACACGACGUGCGCUCAGGAGGGUAUGCUAAAGCUCACUGACAAGAGACCCUGGGGGGGGGGGGGUACUUGGAUUAAUUUUUGCUGGGUAUGUGUCGCUGGCCUCUCAGAUCCCCUACCCCUUUAUAGUCUAUUCUGUGGCCAAUUAUAGACACCAUCUUAGUCACUGUUGGGCAAAUGUGUAAUUUUCGCGAUGUAUCUACCUUAUAUUGCAAACAUUCUUUUAUGUUUGCUAACCAUAAAUAUGAAGAACUCUCUUACCCCAAAAAUCAGAAAAUGUGAGACCCCAUUCUAGUAACUCUGUUGAAAAUGCCACCCCAUUGUAGUCAGUCCAGUCAUGAAAAUGCGACCCCAUCCAGUGGCACUUCUCCAUUAGCCUCUUAUGAGGAAGUACCCCCCGGGACAAGAGACGUUCUUUGAAGCACAAGGAAAAGUGAUGAAAAUUACUUCUUCUUGGCAUUCAGACUGGUGUUAAAUUAGCCAAACCACCUUUUUUGUCGCUUAUUCUCGGCUUUGCUGUCACUGUCGCAAUUUGGCCAAUGGAGGGACUCUUGUCGCCAUAAUUUUCAUUUUACCCUCUGUCGCUACUUUUCGGGUCACAUCGCUUGUCAGAAUUUACCCUGGCAGGGCCGUCUGUCAACAGCAGUCCUAUUCAUGACUACUUCACCUGGACGAUCAUGCUCAACCUACUUAUAAAAUGACUCCUGCCAGGUUCAAACCUGGCAUUUCAUAAGUAGGUUGAACAUGAUCGUCCGGUUGAACAUUAUGUUCUUAUGCAAAGAUUGGACUGUAUUGAAAUCUAUUAUAUUUUUUUCCAACUGAAUUUCAGGCUGAAACUUAAAAGUAUAAUCCAGAAGCUAUCUGAACAUUGUGACAUAAAGAAUCCUCAAGACCUGGAAACAGAAAUUGUGAGUAAAUAUUACAACAGAUUGCCAUGAGUACACCAAAAUGAGUGAAACAGAGAAAUGCAUUGUAACCACUUAGGCCCUGUUCAAGUGCUAUAGUAUGUAUGGGCCGACUCAAAUUUGAAUUUAGGCAGACCCAAAUUGCUAUAGGCAGAUUGAGAUGCCGAUCUUUAUUGCAGCUAAACUAAAUUCAAAAGGAGACAAGUAAAAAUGCAUUAAAAAUGUAUUGUAAAAAUUCAUACAUUCAGUUUGGGUCCUGUGAACUCUGGGGUCUAAAUCAAUGCUGCCAUGCAUUGUUCUCGGCUGAGACAAGGGUUAUUAUUGCCCUAUAAGUGUUUAAAUAGCUCUGCUUUGUACUUUACAUGUAGCAAUGUAUUUGCUCUGUAAGUGUUUAGAUUUGCCUUUUUCUUUAUUUCUGCUUGUUUUUGUUGUGAUAAGCAGCAAAAUCUUUUUUGUCUUUUUUUUUUUUGCUGUAAUGUUGUUUUUGUUUGAGUUAAUUUUUUUUUCCUUAGACUGAAUAAAAAAAUAGCUAAAAAUCAAUCAUAGUAGAAGGCUUGGAAUUUUUUUAUUACUGUAAAGACAAAUGUACAGCAAUACAAAGAAAUAAAAAUAAAUGAUUGAAUGUAACAUAUACUUAGCUUAUUUCCAUUAGUACUUAAAUGGUUUCUGAAAUUUACCAAAAUAUAAUCACCUAGUCAAGACUAUAUAUAAUCAUAAUUUUUUAUUAUUUACAAUAAUGUUUCUUUAUUUUGGCUUGAUUUUAGGAUGACAAAGAGACAACUCUACAAAAGAAGCGUGGGAGUAAGAGGUAACUAACACAAACAGUUCCCAUAAAGUAUUCUUUAUUGCCAUGUACAUGUAGGUUUAAAUUCAUACCAGCUUGGAUGUAAAUUUAAUAUUAAAUAUGACCAAAACUUCGAGACUCUACAAACGUUUUUUGACAGCCUUAUUGUUGCCAAGGAGAAAAUACGAUUUUAUUGUUUAAUAAUAAGACAUUUUAUUGACAAGUUCUUGCCUGUGUCAGUGGUUUUUAGCGAGAACUUUACUUAAAUUACUUGCUAUGUCAGGGUUUUCAUUAAGAAUAAUGGUAGCAGGAGAAAAAUGUGUAACGUUACAGGAAAAUAUUUUGAAGGAGGCUCCUCAUCUGAAUUAAAAAUAGUGAUAGGCCUACUGAAUGGUAGCUGGAAUUUUGCAUAGUAAAUGAAGAAUUCCCCGAUCUCUGAUGCCUAAUGAGUACCCUGCACGUGUAAAAGCCCAUAUAACUGCAGCCAUCAUGAUCAACAAAAUUAUUGAGACACGCCCACUUUUUCGUAACAUGGAACACAGCUUAAUGCGUUACACAGUGUUAUACCCUCUACCAUUACAAUGUUGUGUUUACCAUGAUCCAAACAAAUUUUGGCCAGCAUUAUCAUAGACCUCUUUCAUAAUGGUGGCCUAUUAACCCUUUAAGUCCCAAUAGUGACCAACGUCAAUUUUCCCCCAAUGACAUCCGUACAUUGUCAAAACACUAGGUUAUGAGAAUUAAUAAAAUGAUCACCUAAGAGAAAAUGCUUUGAUCUUUUGUCAAAUUCUCGCAACUCAUUCUUUAAGGAAAUAUCUACAGAUCAGUUUGGAGAAUUUGUAUAUGGAUAUUGGGGCUUAAAGGGUUAAUAUAUUCUGUUAUAUGUAUGAUAAUUAGCCUUUCUGACCUCAUUGGAAAGUAAGAAUUCUUUUGUAUUUUGCACUUGCUAAUGAGGUCAGAAAGGCUAAUAAUAUUAUUGUCAAACAAAUAAAAGAAUAUAUUAAUAGGCCACCAUUAUGAAAGAGGUCUAUUAGGUGGUUCCUAAUGGUGAAGAUAUUUUAAAAAGGAACACUUUUUGUAAGUAUUUCAAGACUUUUUGCUAAUGAUGGAAAUUAAUUGCUUUUACUGCACUUAAUGUGGGCCCUCAUGUGUUUUUUUUACGAUGAUGAGAAGUGAGGGGUUUAUAGACAAGCAUUGUGAUGGCAUUUUACCUGUACAUGGUUUACAGAAAGUUCUUAAAUGAAUAUGCUUUUUCUUAUAUAAUAGGUAAUGAAAUACCAGGUAAUGAGCUUUUUCGCAAAAACAUGAUAUCUUUGCACGUGAAACGACGUGUUACGUGUUAUCUGCACACAUGAAAGUAUUACCGUUGCUAUGGCUACAUGAUAAAAUGCACCUUUUACAGCAAAAAAAGAAGUGUUUAAGUGAAAGGUUAUGUUCAUAUACAUGUAUUAGAUAGAACAUUACAUAGCCAGCUGGAGAUGUGAAAUUUCUCAUCUCUGCACAUCCAUGUAAUAUCCUCUCAGUAUUAUAAUGCAGUUAAAUGCAAUUUAACAGAGUUAACGGCAAGGAGUGCCUGUCGUGCCUAUGAUAAAGCCUCCUUCACAGGCGAGACAUUUCUUGCUAUUAAUGUGACUGCGUGAUGCAGUUAAGCCUAGAUAUGUUGCUUGUAAUCAACUUCGUGACUGCGUGAUGCGGUUCACAAGUCUAACCCACAAAAAAAUGACCGUUGCUUGGCAGGUUAGAGCAUCCUAUCUAGAACACGGAGGGUUGGGGGUUUGAAUUCCAUCUGGGGCUCAGAUUUUUUUGGUGUCCUCUUAUGGUUGAUUCUUUACAUCUCCCUUUAUUUUCUCUCAUGGAACAGUCCACGGAAUAACGGCUUAGUGAAGUUUGAGAUGUUUAGUUUGACGAUGCUAGUGUCCUGUUUUAUUUCUGUAGUAUUUUGAUCAAAUAAAAGGUGUAUUUUUGACUGUAAAAACACGGCCCACUUAAUACAGACAUCCUGUUAAUAUGGACACUAUCUAUGUCCCCUUUAGUGACAGUCCAUAUUUAAGGGGUUUGACUGUAUUAUUGCUGACCAGUAUAACAUGUUCAUAUCGCAGGCUUAGGUGUUGACUUAUCGAGGCUAAAUAAUUUUUUUUAAUUUCUCCGUUGACAAGUAACCAGUUUUCUCAUGAUUGCAGGCGCAAUUCCAAGUUGAUUUCUUUGCAAUGGUGACAAGUUUAUUGUUUGAUGUAAAAUAAAUCAUAAAUUUUUAAUGGGAGCUUCACCUUUAGCCUUGGCUAAAUCUAUAUGUUAUUCUCUGUGUAUAUUUUAUUAGUGUUGAUAUCAUUAUCGGUUAUUCUCUUGUAGAAAAAGACAGAUGACAAGUGAGACUGAUGUACUCGCAGUAAAUGCUUCACGACUCAAUUCUUCUACUAGCAAAAGUAACAGUGAGGUGGAGCGAAACUGCAAUAGUAGAGAAUCGAACAAACAAACAGAGGACGCUAGUAAAGAACCAUUAGAGCUUCCACGUGAAAGAAUCAGUGCCCGGAUAAGAAGUUUAAAGUCAAAGAAGGUGGCCUAUGAAGAAGACUGGGUUGACCCUGAUCAAAUAAGACUUUCGGGGAAAAAAAUCCCUGUACAAUCACGUAAGGACAGUUCAGCCAAUGACAAUGCUAAGUCAGUCAAUCCAAAAAGAAAACGAAGAAAGAAGAAAACUGUUCAAAGUGUUGAAGAGUACGUUGAUGAGGCACCUGUGAUUCUAGUUGGUAAUUUAGUUGGUCUGAGGCAGUGUUGUCUAUGUGCUGUGAUGUUUGUAGAAAAAGAACAGUUGAUCAAUCAUAUGAAGGCUGUACAUCAUUUGGGUGAGUUUAAACCCAGCUGAACAUUGCUUUAUAGUGCUCCAGGAUCUUUUGAUUUAGGGGAAGGGGCAAACCAUCAGAGGGUUUCAACUACUGUUAAGUGGUCCACCCAAGACACUGCCAAGAUCCUGCGAGAACUAGUCAACUGUGGAAAUUUGUGUUAAAAUAAGCCUGUCUGAGGUCAGAUAGCUGAAGAAAAAAAAUUAAAGAAAAUAUCUUUGAGAACAAAUGACACCUCCAAGGGAUUGAUGUCAGGCUAGGGAAGGACUGACUCCAGAUUGAAGGUUAAACUUUAUUCCCAGAAUCCAUUCCUUCCUUAGUGGUUCCUUAUGCAAAAUGCUUUCAGUUUAAAUUUUGUAGAAGUUGUGGUCGUUAGUUGGUUGAAAAUCUUUUCUCUUGGGAACAAGGUGGGAAAUCCCGAGCGGGCAAGAUGAGUUCAUCCUUCCUGCUUAAUUAGCCAAUCAGAACAAAGGAUUCACUUCAUCUUGCCCGCUCACAGAUUAUUAUGAUAGUAGCCGUUAUAAUAAUCAACCAUGUUGCAAGGAGGAGGGAACCCUGUGAACCAGGUUUAUAUUAUAGAAUAGUAUACAAAGAAAGAUUGCAGUAGAUAAAAUUGCAUCAAUAUUUUUUGUUGUUGUCCCUCCUACUUUCUGAGUUUAUCCUUCCCUCUGCAUACCAUCGUUUUUUCUGGGAUGCCUUUUUCUCUUCUGAAUCCCUUUCCUGUCCUAAGGGCCUGUCGUAGGUACCUUGACUGGAGUUUCACUUAACUUCAUACUUUUGUUGUAGGUGACAAACUAAACGUUAAAAAGGACCCCUUAGAAACACCGCAAAACACGGAGAAAAGUCGAGGUAGGUUUAGUGAUUUGCUAACACAUUCGAGAUCUGCAGUUUGGUGUACACUCUACAAAAACAACAACAAGAAAAAGACAAAUAACUCAUCUGACUGGAAAACUAACUAUUCUGAAGAAAUUGAAUUAUAUAAACUAGAGAAAAGCUGAGAAUUUCUUUGGUGUCACACCUUCUAAACUGACUACUUAUCUACUACUAUUACUAUCCAUUUCUUUUGCAAAUGGGUAAUACGUAAAUCAAUAUGGCAGGUCAUAGCAGGUGCGAUUACGUGACAAGUGUCCCAGGGAAUGUGAUGGGUAUUCUAGCACCUAAAAAUAAAAGCAAUUUUCUCUGCUUACUACAUAAUCUUUGGACGAAAUCAUUGUCAUACAUGACAGAAUUUGCAAUUAAUAAUCGCGUGAUUUUUACGAGGUCAAAGAUUGAACUCCUGUCUUCACUGAUUAUUGUCUUGUCGUUAGGAUAGCCCAUAGCCUGUUCCAGGCUCUCAGAUAGUGGGGGAGACGCGAAAGCAAAAGGCGCGCGAAAAGUUGGCGGGGCGGGAAAAAAGGAAAAAGGAAGGGAGCCGCCGCCCCUUCUCUCCCCAGUUUCCUCCCGUUUUAUUUUCGUGUUCGCGCUUUCUCAAUUCAGCGUGCCCGACUAUCUCGGAGCCUGGAACGGGCUAGAUAGCCCAGGAUAACCCGAACGUCUUAGGUUACAAUAGGAUUAAACUGUAACAUCUGUUUUGAUUGUUUCAGAUGAGAAGCCUCAUAGGUGUUCACAGUGUGAUUCAUCCUUCAGGAAAAGCAGUGGUCUCAAACAGCACGUUACAAGACAGCAUUCACAAAAUACACCACAGAAGACCAACCAGUCACAGGUCAACCAAGAUUCUAAUAAAAAAGGUGCUAACACUGGUGACAGACCGUAUUCAUGCCAGGUAACGCAUAGACCAUGGCUAUAAACGUUCAGCCUCUUUCGCGUUUGGUCCGCAAGUUCGACCAAUCUAAAGCAGCCACAGAAUUUAGAGAGUUAAAAAUGACGCGCGCAUAGUGUAUUUCUUGCUCUUUAGAUCUACUACCGGGUGUGUUUAGAAUUCGCUGUGGGACUUGAAAACCAGCUCGAACUAGAAAGUGAUGAAACCUCCAUACGUUUUGUACGUGUAUGACUCUUGUUGUUUUGAUAUGUUGACGUAAGCCUCUGUUAACUAAGGGAAAUCAUUUUCUCUCUCGCCCAGUUUCCUUUUCUGUCAUUUCUUCAUUUAAGCUACCGUAAAAUUCCGAAAAUAAGCCCCUCCCUGUAUAAUCUCCUCCAAAUAUGAGCCCCCCCCCCCAAACUCGUAACGCAAAAAACCCUCCGUUGAAUCGCCCCUUCAAAUAUAAGCCCCCCGGGGGCUUGUGAUUGGAAAUUGCCCUUAAAUACAAAGUAAAACAAAGCAAAAACGGUAAAUUUCCCUCGAACUAUAAGGCUAGCCCAAAUCGAUUUUGCAACGCAAAUCUCCCUCCGUAGAUAAGCCCCUCAAAAAGGGCCUUUGAAAAAUAUAAGCCCCGGGGCAUAUUUUAGGAAUUUUACGGUAUAAAACUGUAUGGAGAAGUCUUCGAGCCCUUAAUACUAACACCUUUCCAGAGAAGUUUCGACCUCCACUUCCGACCAUGGGAAAAAGUUGCAGUACGUCUUGCAAUCCAAAGCCUUUCAGCGCCAAACUCUUCAAAAAUAAUGAUAUUUUGUCGCUUUCUUCACUUUCCUGAAGUCUUCUUUCAGAGUCGGUCUCUGCAGAUGUUUUCCAGCUAGUCGCCAUUCAACCCCAGUGCUUUGUGAGGUUGACCAACUUUGCCAGACCGUUAUGUUUUCGUUUCGACUCCAACGCUCCGCGUGACUUUUCACAGUGACUUUUCACACUGUAACUCUUCCCGAGGUGUCGCAGGUGGCGGGCGAAGAGAUGUAAUUUCUUCAUUUAAGCUACCGUAAAAUUCCGAAAAUAAGCCCCUCCCUGUAUAAUCCCCUCCAAAUAUAAGCCCCCCCCAAAACCCUCCGUUAAAUCGCCCCUUCAAAUAUAAGCCCCCCCGGGGGCUUGUAAUUGGAAAUUGCCCUUAAAUACAAAGUAAAACAAAGCUUCAAAUCGAAGCUUUAACAUCUCCCCGGGCAUACUCCGGCAUUUAACACCUUAACCUUACCAUGGGCGAGGAAAUUUGAUACUCAUGUAGUCCUCCGGGGAUUGGGAACUUUGAUGGUUUUGGGCAAAAGGAAAAGAAACCGGAUUUAAAUUAAACCGCGGCGGGUUAGCACCAAUCGGCCUGGUCAACCGCAGGCAGCCCAUGUUCAGUACAAGAGUUUCAUUAAUUCGUGUGGUAUCAUAUUGCAUAAUCCCCAAAAUGGCCAUUAGUAUAAAAGAUUGUAUGGAAAUUCAGGUAAUAGAUCCAAGAGGAUAAAUACUAGCUGUUAUGAAAGUCCCGAUAAUUUAACGGGCCCGGAAAGCUGUUGUUGUUUACAUGCAAGAUAGAGGUUUCAAUAGUUUAGCAUCUAACAUGAUAUAACUAUCAGUUAAUGAAACAAAAUGGAGUAGUUUUCUAGCCAGGACCUGCGCUCUUAUUCUUUAUAUUUCGAUUUGAAUAUUUGAUUUCGGGGCCGAAAAGUUACCGGGACUUUCGAGAAACCGACCCCAGGGAACCUAACUAGCUUUAAAUUCCUUCUUCUCGUAUUUGUACUCGAUCUUAUCCUUAUUUUCAAUAGCGGGCAAAUCGUGGUUAGGUUAGCUUAGGAGGCAUUUCCCCGCUUGUACAGAAGGACGCAGGAGGAACUUGGUCUGUUAUGAUAUUUUUUGUUACACAUGACUAUUCUAAUAUGGGACGGUUUGUUGUAGGUAUGUGGCAAAGCAUUUAAACGAAAGCAUCAUUUACAAGAGCACAGUUACAUUCAUUCAGAUGAAAAGCCUUACAAAUGUGACACUUGCAGCAAAACUUUCAAUCAGAGAAUAUGCCUUACAAAGCACCUUCCAUGCAGGGAACACGAAAAACAGCAGCGAAAACCAAGUUCCACCAACGCAAUUAACUCGGGGGUGGGGUCACCACAGAAACAAGCGACUGACAAGUGUAGUGACGUAAAAAUAUUAGCAGUAACUGGCACAGAAAAGGAAAGUGUAUGCAGUGUAGACAAAGGAGCACUAUCCAAUCACAACUCGCAUCUAGACCAUACUAAAACAUCGCUGAUCCCAUGUGAGAUCAACGGAAAUGAGUGUAAUGAUAGUAAGAAACUUGUAGAGGAAGCGUCACAUGGAGAGAAUACAAAGUCAAUCCGGUACUCUGUUACUUCCAGCGCAUCCACUACAAUCACAGCUAGAAAUGUCACGGAAACACCACGAGAAGGGACAGAAGAGAAUCAAAAUGUUGGAGCAGCAGAAUGAAAUGUGAAGUCGCUACGCUUUGGCUCCACGUGAAAAUGCCCAUCAUGACGUAGCAGUACUCUUUUGUCAAGUAUUGUUUUGUUUUGUUGCCAUCAGGGUAGACACAGGUGUUCCUGUACGGCUUACUCGCCAUUAUUGGGUUACAUUCAUUUUGCCGUCAAGGUGUAGCUCUAAGCCACAUCAGUGAUUAAGCCACAUCAGUGAUCUACUGAAGGUAUUUUGGUAGUGGAAUACCCAGAGGGCGCGAUCUAUUUUAAAAAAAUAAUCCCGUUAUUCUGAAGUUUCGAGAAAAGAGGAAAGUCACAUUCUUUCCUGCAAUUUCCGUUCCAUUUCAUUGUGUUCCCAUCUAUUUUCAUUGAAAAAAAAAAAAAAAAAUCAACGGUUUAAGUUACCAGAUUUUACGUAACUUUUCCCCGGAAAUUUAAGGUACCAUUCGUUCUCGUUUUGAAAUUUCCAGAAUUUUCAGUCCUGUGGAUCGCAUUUCAAAAAUUCAAAGUUGAUGUUUUUGGAUUUUUCUACGAAACUUCUGUACCAUGCGUUCUCGUUUCGAAGUAUCCAGUAUAUUUGUUUGAAUUGAUCGCGAGGCAGAAGACUCCCACAAACUCUCGACUCCAAUGGCUAAUUUUAAAAGGACAAAUACCUCUGGUUAUUCCAUGUCAACCGGGGUUGCUCUUUAGUACAAUGUAGUUUUACUUUAACAAAGAUCUCUAGGGUUAAUUUUAUUUAUUCCAAACUGAAUACAAUUCGAAGAAAAAGGCAAAUAAGCAAAUCGAACAAACAAAAAGAUAAAUUGAACGCAACCUUUAUCAGUGCCAUUUUAGGCUCGUCGAGCCCAAAACGUCUCCCGAAUUAUGUACUUCUGCUUAGAUCCGUUCUUGUCAAAUCUACCUAGUCCGUAGCUCUCAAAAAGGAGAGAUAAACGUAACUGAUCAUCCCUAGCUCCUCCUAUAAUUAUUAUCAGAAGGGUGGGGGUUUGCUAGACUAGAAUUUGUUAUAAAGGGCGUACUAGAUAUCAUGCAUUCUCUUAUAACAAUCGAACGAAGACUAAAAAAGAGUGAUACUAUAUUCAUUGUAAGAAAUUUACCG